GUCCACGGUUAGAUCACUGGUGUUUGCACCGUGGACGUGUUGGGAACCGCUGAACACUGGUUCAGAGACGCUUCUCUGUCAAUGAGCGACGCUGUGGAAGUCUCCUCUCGCUCACUAUGUGGAAACCCACCGGCGAAUCAAAGCGCGGCUCCGGCGCCGCUGCCGCUGCGGCCGCCGUCGCCUGCGUGCUGCUGACGGGGACGCUCAUCGCCACCGUCCGACCCCCGAGCAGCGGACACCCGCAGGAGUCUCCGGGAGCAGCGGCCAGUGGGAAACUUUUCUCGGCGUACUUCGGGAAGCUGACCCGGGAGAGGAGAGCCAUGAUCGGCCCCCCGCGGUGCAGCGGCCCUCCCCCGCUCGUGGAGCUGCUCUCCCCCGCUGAUCUCUUCAUCGCGGUGAAAACCACAGGGAGGUACCACCGACCGAGGCUGGAGCUGCUGCUCGACACCUGGAUCUCCAGGAACAUGCAACAAACCUUCGUGUUCACGGACGGAGAGGACGCGGGUCUGAGGGAACGAAUGGGCGCUAAUCUGAUCAACACCAACUGCUCAGCAGCUCACAGCCGCCAGGCGCUGUCCUGUAAAAUGGCCCUGGAGUACGACGCGUUCGUCACAACGGACCGGAAGUGGUUCUGUCACGUGGACGACGACAACUACCUGAACGUGGACGCGCUCCUGAAGCUUCUGUCGCAGUACAGCCACAAUCAGGACGUUUACAUCGGCCGACCGAGCCUGGAGCGGCCGAUCGAGGCCACGGAGGCGCUCGGCUCCGCGGAGACGAAGCAGGUGCGGUUCUGGUUCGCCACGGGAGGAGCGGGCUUCUGUCUGAGCCGCGGCCUCGCGCUCAAGAUGAAACCGUGGGCGAGCGACGGCACCUUCAUGUCGACCGCCGAGCACAUCCGCCUCCCGGACGACUGCACCGUCGGAUACAUCGUGGAGUCGCUGCUCGGCGCGCGCCUCACGCGCUCGCACCUGUUUCACUCGCACCUGGAGAACCUGGGGCUGGUGUCGGACGCGCACAACCAGGUGACUCUCAGCUACAGCUCGGCGGAAGGCGGCGGGAACACCGUGAACGUGAAGGGCCCGUUUUCAGUCAGCGAGGACCCCACGAGGUUCAGGUCGGUCCAUUGUGUGCUGUACCCAGACACGGCCUGGUGCCCCGGCCCCUGGCGACUGUAACGGCUACACACACAAAGAGGGAGGGAUGGACUCGCAGGGGAGACGAGGCCGAGCCGAGCGGGGAAUUGUUAGAGGAAUAAAGACAGGAAGUUCCACCGCUGCCUGCUCGGACCACUGAGGAGCCGGUGUCAUUGUCCUUCUGUGCCGCUGAGGUCUGACUGGUAGCUUUAAGGAGAAGCACAAAGCCGUUAUGCUCCUGGAGGUUUAAUUGGGAAAUGACUCAUGUUGGGUCGUCUUUUAUUUCUAUGCUUUAAAAGCAGUUGAUGCAACUGACUUAGCGUCAUUAAGUUAAGUCCCUCAUUAAGUGAAUGUAUACGAUAACUGUUGCUUCUGAAGCGUACAUGCUUUUUCCAGUAUCUGGACGUCAUGGUGACAAUAAUAAAAACCUGUUUGCUGUGUGCAA